AUGCACGACGACGACUUUGACGAUGAAAAUCAUCACGGUUCAACAGAAAGACUGUGCAGCGACUCAAAUUUCGCCCCGCGAGCUCGACAGCUCCGCGUUUUCGCCGAACGUAAAAACAGAACGAACGAUUUUCUUCGCCAACUUCGCGCGACGAAGACACCAGCGGCGCUUUCGUCGCCAGUGAAUUCGACGAGAAAAAAAGAAGAAGAAAACAAAGGAAAGAAGUGUACUUCGAAAUGGAGCUCGAAAGCGAAAGCGAAAGUGGACACGCGACGACGACGCGAAAAGAAGCGCGAGCUCGAUGAGUCGAAGGAAAAGAAGAAAAAGAAGAAGAGCGUCGUCGAAAACGUCGUCGUCGUCGACCACGCCGUUGAGAAGGAGGUGGAGAAAAAAAUCGAAGAAGAAAAAAACGCGACAACAAUGUCGUUGGAUGACGACGACGACGACGACGAAAGAGAACCGUUGGUGACUCGAAGAGCCAAAGAAGCGGUGAACAUGUUGAAAUCUAAUCCGGUGUCGCCGAGAGAAAACGUGGAACGGUAUUACGAGUGCAUAGAAUUAUUACGCGAACGGAGGAAACGCGCGGCGAGAGACGCGUUUCAAAAAGCAAAGAGUAAACGAGAGGAACGGCGAAAGCGAAAAGAGGAGGAAAAGGCAGCGAGAAUGGCUGCUCUAACUACCGCAGCUGAUGGAGAUUGCGGGGACGAGGGAUGCAAGGACGAAGAAAGCGCGGAGUCCUCCGAUAGCGACGAAGGCGAAGAAGACGAGGAAACGCGGAAAAAAAUCUUCGAGAAGGAGCUACAGUAUGAGUUUAAAACGACUUGGAAAGAUAUCGCGCACGAAUCGAAAGACAUGAUGAAUAAAGAAACACAAAGAAACGCGAUUAAAAGUUUAGAGUUGGAAUUGAGACGCGCGUACAUUUCCGCGCGAUUGAUUUUCAAGCAUUACGCGCUUUUGACGAAACCGUUCGACGAAAAUAUCGGCGCCGCAGAGCUCGGCUCGAUGACGCUAAACGAUUGGUUCGCGUUUUUGAAAGAUUGCGAUUUAAUCGGGGCAAACUCAGUGGAUGGAAAUAAUAAAAAGAUGCUCAAAAGUAGCGCCGAACUGCUCUUUAUUCGAUUGAACUGGAUUACCGAUGCCUCGGGGCGGAAGGUGAAAAACGCAGACACGACGACCAACUCUGAUAGAUCUUUAGUUAUCACGGAAUUUUGUGUCGGUAUUCUCAGACUCGCGAAAGCUUUGCGUCCGAAGAAGUUUAAGAACGAAAUGUUAUCGGAAACUCUGGCGAGAUUUAUGAAAGAACGCAUCAUUCCUCGCGCGAAAUUCGUCGAUGUCGAGCCUUUUCGUAGCCGCAUGCGAGCGAAGCGAGUUCGUAAAGUUCUAGAGAAGAACGAAACUUUAAUCACGCACGUGUUUGAAAAAUACGCCGCGAUUGGAACCUCGACUUCUAUCGGAGCCGCCGGUCUGCGAACGAUCGAUUUGAACGAACUCGUCGGAUUAGUCAAAGAUAUGGUCGCUCACGUCGCGCGUUCGCAACCAGGAGUUCACGUAAAGUUUCUCGUCAUCCAGCGCUGUUUCGGAUUGAGUCAGAAAGAAGUCCUCGGCGAGGACGCCGGGGAAAUCGAUCGAGAAGAAUUUGACGAGCUCGUCGGUAGGUUGGCGGAGGAGUUUUACGACGGAACGUGUUUUUCUUUCGCGACGACGACGACGAAGACGACGAGUGAAGUGAACGAUAUCACCACUACUACGUUUACCUCGUCCUCGCUGGCGGAUAAAAUUUCUUGGUUCAUUGAGACGCAUCUCGCGCCCGUGUAUUGA